AUGGCCCUUAGCCGACGACAGCUUCUGCUCGCUGGCUUCAGUGGUUUUGUCUCCUGGGGCUUGGUUGUCAACUGGGUCCCCGUUGCGCGCUAUCUAGGGUAUGCGUUUGUCGCCGGUGUUCUCGUUACUUGUGUAUGCAUUUGCAGCGCAAUACUACUGACAGUCAAAACGAAAUCCGAGUUUAUCGACAGACGCACAACGGUACCCAAUCUACGGUUUCUCGCUGCCGACACCUGGUCCGAAGAAAUCGGUGUCUACCGGAAAGCAACCGAAUACGAAGCCAAAUCGUUAUAUCCCCAAUCAUUCGUGGUGUCAGAAGCUAUUGAUGAGCUUCUACAACUCGCCUCUCGAGACUUUAUCAGGUCCUGGUACGGGCACAUCAGCAAAAACAGCACAUUUAUCAAUGAAAUAGAUAGGGCUCUGCGCAUAGCCCUUGAAAACAUUCGCGACCGACUCUUGAGUGAGGAUGUGACGUCCAUUGCUGUGUCACGGAUAGUACCGAUUUUGACUGCCCACAUUAAAGAUUUCGACCGCGCCGAGAGAGCUGUCAGAGGGAGGAAUUUGGCUCGGAGUGUAACGGAGGCGGAAGAACUAGGACUCGCGAUUGCCAACAAAUACCGCGAUGGGAGGCUUCACCCAGCGGUUGCGGUGUCUCUCGCCGACCAGAAAGCGACUCAGCAAGACUACGUUCGCAAGCUGGUUAUGGGAUUGCUGCCACAACUUCUUCCCGAUAACCUACUGACAAGUCGCUCGGUGUCUAUUUUGAUUCGAGAAAUUGUCGCGUGCGCCGUGCUCCUUCCCGUCAUAACUCUUCUAUCCGACCCGGACACAUGGAAUCAAAUACUUGAGACUUACGGUCGAACUGCGUUGAAUGACCGGAAGACAGUGAGAAAACUUCGCGCUGCUCUUGACAAACAUGCAUCACCUUCCAAACCAAAGGGCGCCCCUUCCUUUCCUCGACUUAGUCCAAAUGACUCUGAGCGAGCUUUUGAACGAUUUGUCAGGGCUAUCAGGCGUUGUAAUAAUCUCUCCGACGCCAGGCAGUUUCGUGCUCAAGUUGCAAGUCAGUUGAAGCGGGAGAGCAUGGUCGAAGGACAAGACCAAGUCUACCUUAGGCGUCUUGAAACUGGGAAACGAGUUCUGGACCAAAAAGUCUCGAAACUGGCAGCUAAUGCGAGUAUUCGUCGUCCUCCCGCAUCAUUGAAACCGGAAGUCCGACGUGAUAGCGUGCCAAACCACAAGGAUGUCUCACUGGUUGAUUUGAUGCACGAUGCCUCGGGCCUCUCGUAUUUCAUGGAAUUUAUGGAUCGCCAGAACAAAAUGAGUCUCGUGCAAUUCUGGAUAGUGGUAGAUGGAUUUCGCAAUCCCUUAGAGGACGACUUUGGUGACGAGAGUACUGCCGCCUCAGCGGCCUGGACAUCUGCUGAUGUUAGUGACAUGAUUCUCAUUAAUGAAAACUAUCUGUCAAAGCCCGAAUUGAAUGUUCUAGGAGAAUCUCGAGAUGCAGUCAAGGCCUUCCUGAGAGCCGGGAAAAGAGCAAGCCCGGAACAAUAUCUGAAAGCCAGGACUGCCAUAUUGACGACUCAGUCUACCAUACUGGAAGAGAUGGAAAGCAAAUACUAUCCGAAGUUCAGGGACUCGGAUUUAUUCUUCAAAUAUCUCGCAUCUGACGAAACCUCACUUGCGCCAACAGAACAAGAGACUCCGCUCCGUGCUUCGACCCCGGAACCUCAGCAGCGGGAGCGUCGACCACUUCCACCACUUAUGACUCGCACUCAGUCGCAGCCUAGCAUGCAAAAGCCAAAGGACCUUCGCCGAGCGGCGGUAUCAAAUGAUGUGCAGAGCAACGGCAAGUUGUUUGACGAUGUUGAGUCUUCCCCUAGGCGGUCUGUAGACUCGGACAGAUCAGCGCGGUUAUUCGAUGAUGACUAUGACACGGAUCCCCUUUCGCAUAGCUUCAGUAUGAGCUCACAGAAUGGAGAUGCUGAAGCGAAGAACACAGAAGUCAUUGAAAAUAUGGAACAAGCGCUUAAUGAGAUCAUUGUGGAUCAACCGAAUAACGGAAAGCCAGAGGAUUCGAGAUUGUUCAGUCCAAUGUCUUCAUCAUCACUAUUCCCGGAUGCAGAACAAAGUUCAGCAAGAGGUUCUUUGGAAAAUUUCCGGAAUGAGGUGAGGCUGGGGGAAAAGAAUAAGCCAAGCAUCUCUUCUCUAGGGUUGAUUGGGAACUCUUCUAGGACGGGCGUGUUUGAAGACGAACUCUUUCCCGAUGAGAAAAAGUUCAUCGAGGAUGAGUAUGCUGACCCAGAAGGAGAAGAAAAGGAUCCGGAAGAUGAAAUUCAUCAAGCAGCUCCGGGCGACCUUGGUUUGACAGAAGCUAUUGUAGCAUUGACCGAGGAGAUUGAGAAACUGAACGCACAGGAAUCGGUGUUGGAUACAUUGACGCGUAAAGCGGAACUCACCAACAACACGGCGGAGUUGCGAAUCUUAGGCAAGUCUAAAGCAAGUAUUCAACGAGAAAUUCGCCGCAAAGAGAUGCAGCGACAGCAAUACGUUAUCCAGGAGAGCGACAAUAGUCUCUAUGGUCGCUCUACAAUUCACAUUCCGUCGAUAAUGGUUGGCAAGGAGGAGGAUGGGAAUGAAUUCGCAAUCUACGUGAUUGAAGUACGCCGAAAUGCUGGAGAACAGAUGCCUGCAGCUUCUUGGGCAGUACCACGUCGAUACAGCGAGUUUCAUGAGCUUCAUCAGAAACUGCGCAUGCGCUAUCCAUCUGUACGACAACUAGAGUUUCCGCGUCGACGAAUGAUGAUGAAGUUGCAGAAAGACUUCCUUCAGAAAAGGCGCGUGGCACUAGAAACGUACUUACAACAGCUACUUCUACUACCUGAAGUAUGUCGAAGUCGAGAUCUACGGGCCUUCUUGUCACAACAAGCUCUUUUACCUCAUAGCGCACCAGCUUCUGAUGGAGAUACCAAGGACAUUGUAUCGCGAAUCUACAAUUCAGUUGCCGACGGCAUGGAUGACUUUUUGGGCAAUAUCACAAUGCUGGACCAGCUCUCAACUGCUGGGCAAAAUCUUAUCUCUGCCGCCACAAGCCAACUCACCGGACCAGAACCCGCGCUUGCUACCGAAGAUGCAAUGACUGCAGCCGAGGCAGAGGCUGAGUUGAAUGCUUUUGAGGACCGUGAACUCGAACCAUUUAUCAAGCCCAUCUGCGAUCUUUUCUUGGAAGCAUUUGAGCUUAAUCGCGGGAACAACUGGCUCCGUGGCCGUGCAGUCGUCGUGGUUCUCCAUCAACUACUUGGUGGGACUAUAGAACGAAAAGUCCGCGACAGUGCGAAAUCGCUUAUUCAAGACGACAAUUUGUUACGGUACCUGACCCUUGCCAAGGAUACCAUGUGGCCUGGCGGUGUGAUGAGAAAACCUGUAGUCCGCACGUCGUCACAGAAAUCCAAGUCCAAGAACGAGGCUAGCUUUAUGCUGGCUGCUCUAAUACCCGAUUUAGCCGGCAAUGUUGUCGGCAGGGCUAAUGCCCAAGCAGCAUCACGAAAAAUCUAUGAUAUUCUCAACAACCGGCGCCUGAAUGCUCACCUGGUCUUUACAAUCCUGGAUGAAAUAGUCCUUGUGCUGUUCGGUGCAACAGAUCCAGGACGUAGCCGCCAGCAAUCGACGGUCUAG